UCCGGCGCGUCAUGCGAGCGGCGGCGGCGGCAGCGACGAGCUCCUGGCUCCCGCCCGCGCCCGCCGCACGCACGCGCACUGCGCCCAGCAUGAGGGUCGCGGCUCUGAUCAGUGGUGGAAAGGACAGCUGUUAUAAUAUGAUGCAGUGCAUUGCUGCUGGGCAUCAGAUUGUUGCUUUAGCAAAUCUAAGACCAGCUGAAAACCAAGUGGGGUCUGAUGAGCUGGAUAGCUACAUGUAUCAGACAGUGGGUCAUCAUGCCAUUGACUUGUAUGCAGAAGCGAUGGCUCUUCCCCUCUAUCGCCGAACCAUAAGAGGAAGGAGCUUGGAUAUAGGACGAGUGUACACCAAAUGUGAUGGUGAUGAGGUUGAAGAUCUCUAUGAGCUUUUGAAACUUGUUAAGGAAAAAGAAGAAGUAGAAGGGAUAUCUGUAGGUGCUAUACUUUCUGACUAUCAGCGUGGUCGAGUAGAAAAUGUGUGUAAAAGGCUUGAUCUCCAGCCUUUAGCUUACCUUUGGCAGAGAAACCAGGAAGAAUUACUUCGAGAGAUGAUAUCAUCUAACAUUCAAGCGGUGAUCAUCAAAGUAGCAGCUUUUGGAUUAGAUCCCGAUAAGCAUCUUGGGAAAACCCUGGAUCAAAUGGAGCCUUAUCUCUUAGAGCUUUCUAAGAAGUAUGGAGUCCAUGUUUGUGGAGAAGGUGGAGAAUAUGAAACAUUCACUUUGGAUUGCCCUCUAUUUAAGAAGAAAAUAAUUGUGGAUUCAUCAGAAGUAGUCAUACAUUCAGCUGAUGCAUUUGCACCUGUGGCUUAUCUACGCUUUUUAGAAUUGCACUUGGAGGACAAGGUGUCCCCAGUGCCUGACAACUACAGAACAUCUAAUUAUAUUCAUAAUUCUUGAAAAGCAUUUUUGAACAUUGUUUUCACUAAGCUGCCAUUUCUACACAAA